AUGCAUGCUGGGAUUGUGUGUAGCAUGGCUCCCUUAGCAGCCACAUCAUCUUGCUCCACAGCUCUCCAGACCAACUCUGUUCAACCGCUUUUGUACAACUCUCAGAAUCGUCCUGUGAGAGAAAUUAGGAUUCCUGAGCCCUGUGUUCCUCCAGUCACUAACCAGGACUUUCAUUGGUCAGCUGCGGAGCCCUGGGCCAAGGGUGGAGGGCCCAGUUUGAAGCAGGAAGCCCCUGAAGAGACAGAACCACACAGAGUGCCAAGGGGGGUAGGCCUCACCAACGACCCUCAGCACGUCGAGGGCAAGGCAGCCAGGCAGACUUUCAAUCCGAACCUGAACAUGGUUCUUCGAGGGGGAAUGAAGUUCUGUGCCUGUAAAGAAUGUGGGAAAAUGUUCAGAUUCAACUCGAAGCUGCUUCGGUAUCGUAUGAUCCACACAGGGGAGAAGCCCUUCAAACAAGGCAAGGUGUGUGGUAAGGCCUUCAAGUCCAGCUACCACUACAGCAUCCCCGAGAAGAACCAUAGCCGAGGGGGGCGCUACGAAUGCAGGCAGUGUGGGAAAAGUCUGAGUUCCAGCACAGCCCUGACUCAGCAGGUGAUCCACACCCGGGAGAAGCCCUAUGCCUGCAGGGAGUGUGGCAUGGCCUUCCAGCGCACCCGGCCCUUCCUCCAGCACCGGAGGCUCCACACCCGGGAGAGGCUCUACCGGUGUCAGGAGUGCUGGAAAACCUUCCGGUGCAAGUCGACUUUCAUUGUCCAUCAGCGGAUUCACACCGGGGAGAAACCCUACAGAUGCGAGGAGUGUGGCAAAGCCUUCAUUCAGAAGAUCGCCUCUGUCCAGCACCGGAGAGUUCACUCGGGGGAGAAGCCCCAUGAAUACAAGGUGUGCAGGAAGUCUUUCUGGUGGUAGAGGAGUUUCGCCCAGCACCGGAAACUGCACCCGGUGGAGAAGCAGCCCCUGAAGAGUCUUGAGCUGACCCAAGGGGACUCCGCAGCCUUCCCUCAGGCUGUAGGCCUGCCAGGCUCUGCUCCAGCCGGGAUUGUACCUUCCCCGACCUUCCCACGUGCUGUUCUCAUUCUCCCCUCCAGCCCUCUGCUCUCGUUGCUCCCCGCGUUUGUAGCACCUUCUUCACCCGCCCAGGUUGUCCGAGUCUUCCAGGGCCUCCCUCCCACUGUGAAGACUGUCCCAGCUAUGGGUUAUCGUAAUCCCCUCUCGGCCCUCAUGAGCUUUGUCUUAGCACUCCUAGAACGGAGCUUCGCUUUGGUCCCUUUCUUGUACAACAAUGGCUGUAUUCCCAUUAUAGGUCUGCUGGUAUAA